GGAUCAAGAUGUUGGCAGAUGAUACCUCAGAGUUUACCAGUUGGACAUUGUUGGAGUGGAGCUUUGCUGCUCUAGGGACUAUCACUGCAUUGAAGCUUGUGGUGUUUGGUUUGCUGUACGGAUGGGCAUUUCUUCAUAGUUUUGUGUUUCCGUCGCUUGGACUCAGGAGUCCUACGCCUCUCAAAUGUUUAGGACAAUGGGCAGUGGUGACAGGUUCUACUGAUGGAAUCGGCAAAGCAUAUGCCGAAGAGCUUGCAAGGCAAGGCCUUAAUAUUGUGCUGAUCGGUUGCUCUGAAGGAAAGCUUAGAGUUGCUGAGGCAAUAGAGUCUUCCCACAGUGUUCAAACUAAGGUGGUGCAAGCUGAUUUUAGUGAAAGUGGUCAACAGCUAUAUGAUCGUAUUUUCAACCAAGUGAAAAAUCUGAAUGUCAGCAUACUGAUCAACAAUGUUGGUGUUGCUUAUGAAAAUCCAGAAUAUUUCUGUGAAAUCACUACAGACAUGUUGUGGCAACUAGUGAAUGUGAAUGUGGCAGCUGUCACUCUUCUAACUCAUGCUUUAUUACCUUCCAUGUUGGAUCGAAAACGUGGUGUUGUGGUGAAUAUUGCAUCAUUUGCUGGUUGCUAUCCAAUAGGUCUAAUGUCAGUGUAUUCUGCAACUAAUUCAUAUAUGAAUACUUUUACCCAAGCUUUACAGCAAGAAUACAGUGGCACAGCAGCCGACUUUGUUCAUCAAGCUAUUGGAACAAUUUGGUAUCAGCCAGUGUCACUUGGAUGUGUAUUACAUGAACUACAAGGCUCGCUAAUUUUAUGCCUGCCUUCGUGGCUCCAGAAGACUGGUACAUUUAGUUUAUAGAAAUUUGUGAUGAAGAAAUUCAAAGCCGAGAAAUGUAUAUCUUAAUUAAUGAUCACAUGUUGAUAAUAAAUUGAG